CUCCUCGACGCGGGCACGGCCAGGGAUGCGGUAGUGUGGAGACGGGCGUUAUUGGAGGGAGCCUCUCGACUACAAAAGAAGAAGAAGGAGGUCUUUUAAAAAGCCAUCUAUUUCGGCAUACGUCGUGCGAGCGUUUUUUGGAUACGUUAUUAUUAUUUUUUUUGCAUGAGAAAGAGAAAAAGAUGGGAAACUGCCACACCGUUGGACCAAACGAGGCCCUUGUGGUUUCAGGUGGCUGCUGUGGCUCUGAUCAAAAGGCGUAUGUGGUGGGAGGAUGGGCGUGGGCCUGGUGGCUCAUCUCAGACAUCCAGAGGCUAACCCUUGAGAUUAUGACCCUGCAGCCCAAGUGUGAGGAUGUAGAGACAGCGGAGGGUGUAGCUAUUACUGUCACAGGGGUGGCUCAGGUAAAGGUGAUGACCGACGACGAGCUGCUGGGGUACGCCUGCGAGCAGUUCCUUGGGAAGACGGUCGUAGAAAUCAAAAGUGUCAUCCUGCAGACCCUCGAGGGUCACCUUCGCUCCAUCCUUGGCACAUUGACCGUUGAGCAGAUCUACCAAGACAGAGACAAGUUUGCCAGCUUGGUGAGGGAGGUGGCAGCACCCGAUGUCGGCCGUAUGGGCAUCGAGAUCCUCAGUUUCACCAUCAAGGAUGUAUAUGAUAAAGUGGAGUACCUGAGCUCCCUGGGGAAGACUCAGACGGCUGCAGUACAGAGAGAUGCAGACAUUGGAGUGGCCGAGGCAGAGAGAGAUGCUGGGAUUAGGGAAGCAGAGUGUAAGAAAGAGAUGAUGGAUGUCAAGUUCCAAGCAGACACAAAGAUGGCUGACUCCAAACGAGAGUUGGAGAUGCAGAAAGCCGCGUUCAGUCAGGAAGUCAACACAAAGAAAGCGGAGGCUCAGCUAGCGUAUGAGCUGCAAGCAGCCAAGGAGCAGCAGAAGAUCCGUCUGGAAGAGAUCGAGAUCGAGGUGGUGCAGAGGAAGAAGCAGAUCACCAUCGAGGAGAAGGAGAUUGAUCGCACUGACAAGGAGCUCAUUGCCACUGUCAAGAGGCCAGCCGAGGCUGAGGCCUACAAGAUGCAGCAGCUGGCUGAGGGACAGAAGGUCAAGAAGGUGCUGAUAGCACAGGCAGAGGCUGAGAAGAUCCGAUGUAUUGGUGAGGCAGAGGCCACCUCCAUCGAAGCGGUGGGGAAGGCAGAGGCUGAGAAGAUGAGGAUGAAAGCUGAAUCCUACCAGCAGUACGGAGAGGCAGCCCAGACAGCCUUGGUCCUGGAGGCUCUACCUAAGAUUGCCAGCAAGGUGGCCGCCCCCCUGGCCAGGACCAAUGAGAUAGUCAUCCUGAGUGGAGACGGCAGCCGCGUGACCGGGGAAAUUAACCGCCUGCUGGCCGAACUCCCCGUGUCUGUCAACGCCCUCACCGGGGUGGACCUCACUAAAAUGCCUCUGCUGCAGAAGAUGAUCACCCCCGAAAGCCAGGCUGCCAUGUGAUGGAACCCUCUCAUCUGUCUGCCUCAAGCAUGAAUUUAGAUUUACGGCACUUGUUUUGUUGUUUUUGCUGUAUGCUUCUGUACAAUGCAUUUUUAUACCAGCCGCCUUCGACUAUCAACACUUGACACCAACUAACUUUUAUAUCCUGAAGUCAAGGGGUUUCUCCUUUUAAAGCCCCUUGGUGCCUUACCUCUACAGGACCAGAUUUUGAGUUCCUUCCACCGCUUUUAAAUCCCCGUUUUCCCACCGCACACGUGGCUCCUCUCACGCCGUUACUGGCUAGCCCCGCCCACAAUCCCGGGUUUGCGCUUUCAACCACGCGGCCUCGUAAACUGUCGAUCCAGAACGUGCUAGUGUGACAAAUUAGUUAUAGACGUCUCGCGCGCGCGCGCGCACACACGUGCAGACUUUUACCGUCCUUAUGAGGACGCUGAAUCCCCCUGAGGGUAGACACACACACACACACACACACACACGUGCAGACUUUUACCGUCCUUAUGAGGACGCUGAGUCCCCCUGAGGGUAGACAAACACACCGACACAC